AGCAUGCAAUGCCAUGAGAGCGUGCUCAGAACACGUCAUCUUUGGUUCUUUCUUUCUUUUGGAUACGAACACAAAGACACGGACUGGAAAGCAGUGUAAAGAUUCUUCAAUUAUGUUGUUAUUAGCGCUAGUUCUUGGUGUUUUGGCUGGCAGUGUCCACUGUGAUAGCGAGUCUAAUGCAAGACUUGUUGUAGCCAAGAAUGUACUCAAUCAGUUUGUUGUUGAAGGCAAAGACCUGACAAUUCUCUAUACUUUGUAUAACGUUGGAUCAAGUCCAGCUACAGCAGUAACAUUAACUGAGGAAUCUUUCUCAGAGUCAGCUUUUAAAGUUGURCAUGGCUUGACGUCAAUCAAAUGGAAAUCCAUUGCUCCUGGGACUAAUGUUUCACAUUCAAUCAUUUUACGACCAAUGAAAGCAGGAGUGUUCAACUUUACGUCUGCUAAAGUCACUUACAAACCAAGUGAAGAAGCUGCAGUGCAGGUUGCAUACUCUACUGGACCUGGCGAGGGAGUCAUUAUGAGCAAUAAAGAUUACCAAAGAAAGCAUUCUCCACAUCUGGUUGACUGGGGUCUUUUCAGUCUAAUGUGUAUCCCAACAAUGUUAGUUCCAUUAUUGAUCUGGUAUCGAAGCCACAGCAAAUAUGAGAACUUUAAAGCCAAGAAGAACUAACGCCAAGCAUACUUUAGGGACAUCAAAAUCACAGGCAUUGCUCGCUUCCUCCAAAACAUUGAUUUUUCACAAGACAAUUGAAUUUACAUGGCCCAUGAACAAAUGGUUUCAAAAACAGUAUCAAAGUAGCACUUGAAGUGUAUUUUUGUAAUAUUGCUCAAURCAAUUUUUGUGGACCAAGUAACUUAUUUGUCUGUUUUUUUCUUUGUUUGACGUUUAUUGUUUUAUAUGAAUACCUUAUUGUAAUUCAUGAAACUUCUAUAUUCAACUGGAAGCUGCUGUUUUUGUAUAAUAAUUGUUUAAGUAUUUUUGCCAAGUGUUCAACUGGUAAAUCUUCUACAAAUGAAUACUGUGAAGGUGAAUGCGAGACUCUUGUAAUCUUGAUGUCAAAUUGUAAUAAAAAAUCUUUUUAUUGUA